AUGGAGAAGGUCGAAGCCCAACCAACUCUUGCGAGGGACCCGGAGCGCAAGUCCUCGACCUACAGCGACGAGAAGGACUCAAAGUACAACGAGAAGGUCGACGUCGCCAACCCGGUCAUCGGUGGUGAGGUCUAUGAUAAUAUCAGGAUCAUCGACUUGGACGAGACUGGGAAAGAGCGCCCUAUCGUCACGGAUUUGGAUGUCGCUACCCGUCUUAUCUCUCUUGAGGACGACCCAACACUUCCUGCCUUCACGUUCCGUAUGUGGUUCCUUGGUAUCGGGCUGUCCUGCUUCGGAGCUGUUCUCGGUCAAAUUUUCUACUUCCGUCCUCAAACGGUCUUCGUCAGUCAGCUGUUCAUCCAGAUUAUCGCCUACAUUCUAGGCCGAAUCCUUGAGGAAAUUAUCCCGGGACCUGGUAACGAGCGCGACUCGCUGAAGAUGACGGACAGCAAGUUCUGGAGGUUCAUGAAUCCCGGUCCCUUCAACAUCAAGGAGCACGUCGCGAUCACGAUUUUCGCCUCAACAGCCGCUGAUUCUGCUCUCGCGAUCAAUAUCUUCGCCGCCGACGAACUCUUCUACGACAUUCAGCCUAAUGCCGGUAUUGGCAUCUUCACUCUCAUCGGUUCGCAGCUCCUGGGCUACGGUCUUGGCGGUGUUAUGCGAUCUUUCCUUGUCUACCCUACUUACAUCGUAUUCCCUAACCUACUCCCCAUCGUCCAACUCUUCGAUGCCCUCCACCGCGGCAAGAAAAUCUUCAUGCAGAAGAAGCGCGUCAAGUUCUUCUGGGCCGUUUUCUGCGGUAUCUUCGUCUGGGAAUGGUUCCCAGAGUACAUCGCACCGACACUCACCGGUAUCAGCGUGUUCUGCCUCGCAAACCGGGAUAGCCCCUGGUUCACUCGUAUUUUCGGUGGUGCUGCCGGUAACGAGGGUCUUGGAAUGUUCGCACUCUGCCUUGACUGGAAUUAUGUCGGAUCCGGAGGUGGUUCGAUGGGCGCUCUCUUCACCCCUCUUUCGACGCAGCUGUCGUUGUACUGUGGUACCGUGAUGUGCAUGAUCGCUUUCUGCGUUCUGUAUCACAACAACAUCUGGAACGGGCAAAACUUCCCUUUCCUCUCUCAACAACUGUUCAAUCUUAACGGCACGCGCUUCAACCAGCGCCUCAUCCUCGAUGAGAACUUCAUGCUCGACCACGCCAAGCUGGAGGAGGUCGGUCUUCCAUGGUUCGCUAGCUCGCAAGUCAUCUCGAAGGUCGGCUGGAAUCUCGCCAUUGGCGCAACCGUCACGCAUGUACUGCUCUGGUACGGCAAGCUUAUCAUUGAAGUUAUCCACAAAUACCGGGCUGGCGAGAACUACGACCCGCAUCUUGCCAAGAUGAAGGUGUAUCGUGAAGUCCCUAUGUGGUGGUAUAUUGCCAUGUUCUUCGCUAGUUUCGCGAUGGCUAUCUCCACCAUGUAUGCCGGCAAAUCCGGUCUUCCAUGGUGGGGAUUGAUUGUAGGCAUCAUCAUCUCAGCCAUCUUCUUGCCUUUCGUUAUCACAGUGUACGCCAUCACUGGUUUCUCUCCAAACAUCCAGCAUCUCGUUCAAAUGGUCGGAGCCGCGAUGAUCCCUGGAAACCCUCAAGCCAACAUGUACUUCACCCUCUACGGAUACAAUACGCUUGACCAAGCUCGCGGUCUCAUCCGCGACCUAAAGAUGGGUCAAUAUACGAAACUUCCACCUCGCGUCACUUUCACGGUGCAAUCCUUGGGAUCUAUUAUCGGUGGAUUGCUGAACUACGUCAUCAUGAAGACUAUUAUCAAGAGUCGGCGUGAAAUCCUUCUCCAGGUCCAGGGAACCAACGUCUGGUCCGGUCAACAAGUCCAGUCGUUUAACAGUAACGCAAUCUCCUGGGGUGCGCUAGGAAGCCUUCUAUAUGCCCCAGGAGGACGAUACGCUAUUGUUCCUUUCUCCAUUCUCAUCGGUCUCGCUGUCCCCGUGCCGUUCUGGCUGCUGCACAAGCGCUUCCCUAAACUUGGUGCUGACAAAGUCGUGACUCCCAUCCUCUGCUGGACCCUCGGCUACCUCAGCGUCGGUAUCAACAGCUCCGUCUUCACGACCUUCAUGCUUGCGGUAUUCUCGCAGUAUUACCUUCGCAGGUACCGUCCCGUCUGGUUCCGGAAAUACAACUUCCUGCUGUCUGCCGCUCUCGAUGGCGGAACCCAGGUCAUGGUGUUCGUCUUCACAUUUGCCGUCGGUGGUGGUAGUGGUACAGUCAUUGAUAUGCCAAAUUGGGCUCUAAACCCGGUGGGGAAUCCAGACUAUUGCAUGAGACUCACUUAA